AUGAGAGCGUUGAAAUCUCACCCAGAAUUUAGGAAGCUCUCUUUGCCUUCUUUUGUGCGAGAGAGAGAGAGGGGGGAGAAGGGGACAGGGAGGAAAAUGUCUGUUUAUUUCGGUAAUAUUUAUGGGGAGGAGAGGAAGGCCCUUGAGGGAACUUUGCAGAUGCUUUCAUCUACGUCGUCAGUUUAUUUUGCAAAACAGAGCAAAGAAGAUGAAAUCAUUGAAAUUUCCGAAUCUACAACCAUCGUUUCGGAAACAAUGUCUUUUACUAGGGUGGAAGUUGGUAAGUCAAGAAGAGAGGAUUUGGGUAAGAAGGAUACAUGGAACCAAAUGAAGGAGUUCAUGCUGUUUUCAGGCCGGCUAGGCGGAUAUUGGGUUGUGGAUUUAUGGGCCGUUGAUGAAUAA